AUGUUCGAAAAGAAAGAAACGAAAGAACCUUUCUGGGGAGAUCCAACGGCAACUUUGGAUUGGUGUGAAGAAAAUUAUAUAGUUCAUAAAUAUAUUGCCGAAUUUAUAAACACAACAACAAAUCUCAUUUUCGUUAGUUUGGCAAUUUUCGGCAUUUACAUCACGUUAAAAUAUGGUCUACCAUUUCGUAAUGCGCUCGGAUAUGCUGGAAUUGCAUUGGUCGGGAUAGGAUCUUGGUGUUUUCAUAUGACUUUGUUAUACGAAUUCCAAUUAUUAGAUGAACUUCCAAUACCUAAAGCUCCCAUUAGAAUUCGUAUGAAAAAACUAUUGUUCACAGCUUGGACGAUGUUUGGGCUUGGAUUUUUCUUUUGGAAUAUUGAUAAUAUAGCAUGUCAUCAAUUAAGACAAUCUCGCUAUAAAAUUGGCAUGCCUUUAAGUCAUUUAUUGGAAUUACAUGGAUGGUGGCAUAUCGGUACUGCUUUCGGUACUUAUUAUUGGAUUGUAUUCAGUAGUUAUAUUAGGGUGAUAUUAUUACGUAAAGACAACGAGUAUAAUAUUAAAUGGGGAUUAGGCUUUGUUCCUUAUGUUGCUAAAAUCAGUAAGACUUCAAAGAAAGAAAUGAAGCUUAGCAAAAAAGUUGAAUGA